UAAAUUCAAGGUAUAGCUUCCAUGCAAAUUAAUUUCGAAUGAUGAACAACGUGUGACGUACGACGAGAGGCAAUGUCAGCUCUUCCGUGGUGCAUCCUGAUUCCCAUGCUCUUUGCGGCGGCAGCAGUGGUAGCAUCAUCCGCGGCGGCGGCGGGACUGAUAGUGAGAGAAAGGCCAGACGAUGAGCACGAGGAGAAGCCAUCCAUCUACAUCGUGUCGUUGCACGGCGAGCCGCCCUUGGCCGCGACGAGAGUAGUUGACCGGAACGCGACAUGGUACGGAGCACAGAAGAGGAGGGUAGCGCGGCUCCACGACCAGCUCCUGCAGCACGCCAUGGAACACGAAGGCGCCGCAGGUUCGCGCUGCUGCUGGAGGAUCUACAGCUACCAUCGCUCCGUCAACGGGUUCGCCCUUCACGCGACGGCCUCGCUGGCCGAGCGGCUGCGAGCGGCGCCGGAGGUGGCGGCUGUGGAGGAGGACGUGGGCACGCGCCUCAUGACCACGUACACGCCGCGGCUCCUUGGUCUCCCCGACGGCGUGUGGCGGCCGCGCCGGGGCGGCAAAGGGGAAGAGGACGACGGGGCGGGCGUGGUCGUCGGCGUCGUCGACUCGGGCGUCGACCCCGAACACCCCAGCUUCGCGUACGCGCCACGGCCACGGGCGGCGCCGGCCGAUCCGCGCGGGGACGACGGUGGCCCGUUCGCCGGGGCGCGCGGUUGCGUCGUCGGCCCCAGGUUCCCGCCUGGCUCGUGCAACGGCAAGAUCGUGACGGCGAGGUACUUCGCUGCCGGAGCGGCGGCCGUGCUUCCGCUGGACCCCUCACGCGACUUGUCGCCGUUCGACGCCGAGGGGCACGGCAGCCACGUUGCUUCCAUAGCGGCGGGGAACCGAGGAGUGCCGGUGGUCGUUGGCGGUGCAAUGUAUGGCUUCGCCAGCGGCAUGGCGCCAAGUGCAAGGUUAGCUGUGUACAAGGCUGUAUACCCGGCUGGAGGAACAAUGGCUGAUCUCAUCGCUGCCAUAGAUCAAGCAAUGGAAGACAAGGUCGACGUGCUGGUACUGUCCAUUGGACCAGAUGAGCGUCCUGCUAGCGAAGUCACGUUCCUCAGCAUGCUGGAUGUUGCUCUGCUGUCCGCGAGGAGAGCCGGCGUGUUCGUCGCUCAGGCCGCCGGCAACAGCGGCCCGGCUGAGUCUUCCGUCGUCUCCUACAGCCCGUGGGUGACGACCGUAGCCGCCGCGACCACUGGCCGGAGCUACACGUCGUGGCUAGUCCUCGGUGAUGGUCGCCGCAUUCCGGGACUCGGAUUGUCCGCGCCGACGAUCCAGUCCAGACUUGUCGCCGCCAAGGACGCCGCGGUGCCGGACGCGGCCAGCAUGGAACACGCGGAGGAAUGCCAGCACGCGGAGGCGCUCAGCUUCCGCACCGACGUGCUGCGCGGCAGCAUCGUCGUCUGCUCUUUCUCGCGAGGGUUCUACAACGGCACGUCGACGUUGAGCGCCAUCCGCGACGUGGCCCAGGCUCUCGGGUUCGCUGGCUUCGUCCUCGUGGCCGACGCGCAGCAUGGCGGCGACUUCCUCGCGCAGCCGCUCCCUUUCUCCGUCCCCGGCGUCAUGGUCCCUCGGGUCGCCGAUGCUAUGGUGCUAUGGUCGUACUACGCCGCGCACACGGUGUACGGCGGCAGCGCAACCGUGUUCGGAGCCACAGCGGCGAUCACGGAAGGAAGAGUCGCCGCGUUUACGGACGCGGCGCCGGUGGUGGCGCGGUACUCGUCGCGGGGGCCGGACGUCAUUGACAGGGAGUCAACGCCGGCGGACGUGCUCAAGCCGGACAUCCUCGCUCCCGGCGACCAGGUAUGGGCGGCCUGGAGCGCGCUCAGCGUCGGCGAGACAAUAUUCUCCGGCAACCAUUUCGCGAUGAUAUCAGGCACCAGCAUGGCGGCGCCACAUAUCGGCGGCGUCGCGGCGCUGAUCAGGCAGAGGCACCCCUCGUGGGGGCCUUCGGCCGUCGCCUCCGCGCUCUCCACCACCGCGCGGAGGCACGACAGGCAGAAGCGCCCGAUCAUGUCGGAGGGCUUCCAGAUCGGCUCGCUGCACACGGGGACGCCGUUCCACUACGGCGCCGGAUUCGUGAACCCCGCCGGCGCACUGGACCCCGGCCUGGUCGUCGCGCCAGAGCCCGAUGACUACACCAGCUUCCUCUGCUCGCUGCCACAGCUCAGCCCCGACGACGUGCUAGCAGCCACCGGUUUGGCCUGCCAGACGCCACUAGCUUCUCCGGUAGACCUCAACCUGCCGUCGGUUACUGUCUCCGCGCUGCGUGGCUCCCUAUUCGUCCGGCGCAGGGUGACGAACGUGGCGAGCAACGCCGAAACCUACCUCUGCUCCACUCUGCCGCCGGCCGGGGUGAGCGUCACCGUGCGGCCUGCGUGGUUUGAGGUGGCACCUGGGGAAACUCAGGAGGUGGUGAUCGAGCUGAGAGUGACCAGGGCGUCAAACGCGUUCAGCUUCGGUGAGAUACUUCUCGCCGGGAGCUUGGACCACCUCGUGAGGCUGCCGCUGGCCGUGCGACCCCUUGCCACAUGACAGAAAUGUAACCGCUCAGGUCGGCAGUGAAGUGCUGGUGAAAUCAACUCCAAGAACCGUGAUACAACAAGUAUAGGCAAAAUUACAUGUGAUGGAUUGAGGUCAAGAGAGACGGAAACAUGAUUCAAAAUACUACUUCAGUACGCUCAUAAU